CGUAUCGUUCUGGUAACUCUCAUGCUUUGAGGCAUGGCUCUUUCAGGACAUAGCUUUGAGUUCUCACAUCUUCCAAUGUUGAAGAACUACCGCUGAACGGCUCCCCUACUUUUAUCUUUUAAUUCUAUUCAUCACGUUCCUUAACACAUCACAACUCGGGCACUUUAUCAUUCAGUGAACUUCCGAGAUCCUCUUCGCCUCCGCCAUGCCUUGCGACUCAACCCACACUGACACUAUCCCUAAGGGUGACACUCCACCAGUCACCAUCGACACGAAGAUGUUAGAGCCCUUCAUUCACGACACAUCUUCUCUUCAAGAUCGCCUGUUGAUGAGGUCCAUGGCUGAGGAUAACAAGGCAAUUGGAAAUGGGGCCGGUUACUCAGGACCGAAGGGUUCCAAGCUAUAGGAGACUUGAGAAGGCUUAGUCAAGUGUAUUGAUGGCUAAGUAACAGACUACAUGUUGUUUUGUAAGAUUAGUUUGAGUUUUGUUCUGUAGAUAUACAUUCGAGGCAAAUGGAUGAACCAUCGCCCUUGUUCAAACUACUAGAUAACGCGUGCCAGAGGAGGCC